AUGCUUACUCCGAGGUUUACUGUUACGCAGACCAAUGACUUUGUCGAAUUGGUUUUGCAGUGUCCUUUUAUAAAGGCACAAGAAGUCGAGAUUGAUAUUGAUGGCUCAGAGUUCAAGUUUUUUGCUCAUCCGUAUUAUCUAAGAUUGUCAAUGCCUGGACGUUUGGUUGAAGAUGGCAGGGAGCAAUCCAAAUACGAUAUUGACAAAGGAACAGUACUUCUCAAGAUUCCAAAAGAACAGCCAGGCGUUUAUUUCGAGGAUUUGGAUAUGCUUACAAAACUUAUGGGAAUUAAACCAGAAAGCGAAAGAUUGGCACAUCCAUUGAUGUCUAAUUUGGUACAAAAAAACAGUCCCAGUAUUCAAACGAUAAAUCCCGUGUCAUGUGCAAAAGCUCCUUAUAUCCAAGAGCAAGAUGUCAAAGAUGAUGAAAUCGAAAUCGAUUGGAGCUAUCCACAGCAACUGCCCGAACCAAUGGUGAGUCAUAACACGAAUAUAGGCCCAUAUGGCUUCAAUAAUCAGUAUAGUGGAUUUGCCGCAAAUAUUGAGAAUGUUGCCAACGAAAUUUUAGAUGUUGUUGACUUGGAUCAUUCAACACCUGAGUCAAGGAGAAAGAACAGAAUUGAUUCCGAAAAUGCCAAAUUUGACGAAGAUUAUUACAUAUCCGAGUUUUUGAGUCGAGACGAGUUUGUACAUCUAAUCAAAUAUCGACCUGCUUCAUGGAAAGUUCUUAAAGAGAUUCAGCAGAGUGGGGAUAAGGAAUCAUCAGGCACAAGCGUGCCGACUGUCAAAACUCACGCUUUUUUAGAAUUCACUGAGCUAGAGCAGAGCCAAUUACGCAAUCUUUCAAAUCGUCAAUAUUUAAUUGACUCUGCAAUGGAGCGAUGCAUUUAUCUUGGACUAGUGGAUAUUAUUUUUGGUUAUUGUUUUAAUUUGAGAACGACUGAAGGUGAAGAUACAGUCGAGUCUGCUUGGACAAUUUGCAAACUGAGUGGUACUUUAUCUUGCUUUGAUGCAUUUUUGAGUUUGUCUGAAGUAGUAUCGUGUAGUUUGCGGAGAUCCUUGGCAUUUCCACUUAAUCGUCAUAUAGAUCUUACCAAAAUAGUGUACGAAGAUGUGGUGAUUCUGCUUAAACUGGGACGUAGAGCUAUUUUGAAAGCAUUAUUGCAUAUAAAGCGACUACUAGAGCAUGACGAAGUUGCAUUUGUUUUGGAUCGUGUGUGGAUUACUGAUUAUUGCGUCUGGAUUCAACAGCAAGCAACUGAUGUGCGAUUGAAGUCUCUUGCCUCGGAACUUCAUCGAUUUAAAAUCACGGCUGAAUUAAGUAUGUGGCCUCUCAAGGAGCUUGAGGAACUAGCUAGAGAAGAUUAUCAAAUGCAGAGCCAAGCAGAAGCAAGCGAAACAGUCCAAACCUCAAUUUAA